UAAAUUUAGAUACAAGAACAUGUUCAGACAUCAACUAAAAACAAGAUCUUUUAUAAAACACCUGAAAGAUUGAAACUUUGAAACCCAACAACCACCAAUGAAUCUAUACUAGAUUUCAUAAACCAUUCUGCCAGAUGAAAAAUUAGAGAUAAACUUUCACAAAAUGAACGGUCAUUGGACUAUGGUGAUGAACCGAAAAAAAGAUCUCCUUGGAAAUUUCAGAAUAAGAUACCAGUAGCUCCUCCAACGAAAUAACUUACUAGACAUAUCAAGUUUUCAGAUUUGUUCCUUAAUUUGGUCUGGAUGCUUCUUCAAAAUUCUCACAUCUCUCACUUUCUGCCUCUCUUUCUUGAUCUGUUAAAGAAUCAAUAUAAAGCUAAAAGCAAAAUAUUUGGAGAGACAGCAAAACAAUCUUGAACAAAUGGGUACAAAAAUCUCGUAUUGAAAUCUUUUAAUUAAACCCAUAAUUAAAUUUAAAAAAAAAGAUGGAAUCAGUGAGAGAUCGAACAGAGGAAGAAAGAACAAAAAUAUUAGAAUUCUGAAAUUUGCUUUUAUUUAUUUCUUUUUGUUAUUUUUUCAGACCUAUGGAAUAAAGUUGCAAUAAAGGAGGGUACAGUUGAAAUUAUCGUUUAUGUACAGUAUGUUUUCCAUAUACCUAAAUAACUAUUUUUCUAUGGUUAUCUCCUGUAAAUUUCCUAAAUUAUAUCAGUUUAAAUUGCUUACUAACCUUGUUCGGAAACUAGUUAAAUGUUAUUGCUACAGCGUGUGGCACAUACAUUUUAAGCGAAGAUAGUUAAAAUAAAAAAUAAACAUGGGUCAAAGUUUUCCUUCGUCUUGCAGCUUUUCAUUGCUAACCAAAGAAGCCACUUUUGUUUUUGUAUAGAUUAACUUCAUGAUUGGCAACUGAAUCUUGCUUUUCAAAAUCACUAUGAUAAAACGUCUCUACAUGAUAUCGCUCAAAUUACUCUAGAUCAAUUUUCUAUUUCAAAUAAGAAGUUCACUUUUAAUAAUUCAGGAUCAAAUCCAUGUGGAGCGUGGACACACAAUAUAGUUUAAACUAGGUAAGUAAAGAUAAAGCAGUAUAUGAUUAAAGCACUAAACAAGUUGGUUGUAGAAUAUAAGACAAAUAGUUAAACUUAGGGUUUCAACUUAUAAGAAACCAAUAGCUCCUCCAACGAAAUAACUUACUAGACAUAUCAAGUUUUCAGAUUUGUUCCUUAAUUUGGUCUGAAUGCUUCUUCAAAAUUCUCACAUCUCUCACCUUUUGCCUCUCUUUCUUGAUCUGUUAAAGAAUCAAUAUAAAGCUAAAAGAAAAAUAUUUGGAGAUAGACAGCAAAACAAUCUUGAACAAAUGGGUACAAAAAUCUCGUAUUGGAAUCUAUUAAUUAAACACAUAAUUAAAUUAAAAAAAAGAUGGAAUGUAAUAACUCUCACGAGCAUAUAUAAUUUUGGUCGAGAAAAUUCUUUAAGAUCAGUUUGAAGAUUGAUCGAUCAAAAUUAAAUUAAAAUUGACACGGUGAAUUAAUCUCUCGACGGGGCAGUCUUUUGGUCGGAAGACCAUUAAUUAUUAUUGUCAUUUUUUAUUCAUGCUGAGCGAGUUUAUUCAGAGCAGGAUGAGAUUCAAAGGAUGAAAAAUAUUUAGUCGAAACAGUCCAAAAAAUAUCGACAAAACUCUUAAAAUUAUUUCUGAACAGUCACAUGUCUUGCACCUUCUAGCCUACUUGCUUCCUCAGUAAUUAGGUCACAUGACAAUUACCUACUUGCUUACCUGGUUGCUCAUUAGAAGUCACAUGCUGGACACAAGCUGUUUGCUUAGAAGUCACAUGCUGGUCAUUAUAUAAAAUUUUAAAAAACAACUUUUAUAAGUAGAUAAAAAUAGGACUCUAUUUUAAUAGAUUAGAAGUAAAUAGCAUAGUAUAUAUUAGUGACAUUAUCAAAUGUCUAUGAUUUCACAGAAGAAGUUAAUGUUGACCCCAAUCUCAACUUUCACCUUCCAAAUACUAAACCCUAAACCCUAAUCAGUGAACUCUAAACCCAAAUAUAAACUCUAAACCCUAAUCACUAAACCCUAAACCAUAAUCAAUAAACUCUAAACCCAUAUAUAAACUCUAAACCAAAAUAUCAAAAUCUAAAAAUAGUACAUAAUAUUAUGUAAUAUUAAACUAUACAAUAUGGAUCAUUCACUGUAAUUAUCUACUUUUAAAUGUAAAAUAUAAUCAUUAUAAAUAGAAUUAUAGAAAUUUGUGUGAAGUUUACAUUUAAUGGGUGUGGUUAACUAAAUAUGUGGCAUGAACUUUUUAUUUAUAUUUUUAAUCUACAUUCGUCAAGUUUAAUAAAACAAAACAAAUAGUAUAGUAUAAAUUAGUGAAAUACUAUACCACAUAUGUCUCAAAUUAGAAAAUAGUAUAUUGCCUAAAAUUUAUAGUAGAAAAGAUCGACAACAACAACCAACAUUUGGUUCUUUCUCAGGACUCAAUGGUUUAAAUCCCAGUUCAUGUAAGUGCUCCUCUGUCCUGAAAAAUUAACCUGAAAAAAAUGAGAUGGUUAGAUAGCCUCGAACACAUAUAGUUCAUAAGGGUCGAAAUAACCUUAGAGUUCCUUAUGAAUAGAACAUACUAUUCUAUGCACGCCCAGUGGCGGAGCUAGAUCUCACGUUUAUAUGGGUCAUAACUCAUUUAUUAGAGACAAAAAUAUACAUCUAUGUGGUUUGAACCUAGGAACAUGUGGGUCAGUAGGAGAGAUCUUGACCAAAUUACCACAAUAGCAACAUGAAAAAUAGCCUUACAAGUUUAUUUUUAUUAAUUUCACAUGGGUCAUUUGACCACCAUGCUUCUAAGGUGGCUCCGCCACUGUGCACGCCAGAUUACUACACUAUGUAUAUAUAUAUAUAUAUAUAUAUAUAUAUAUAUAUAUAUAUAUAUAUAUAUGUGUGUGUGUUUGACAAACAACAACUUUUAUUCUCUUACAAGUUUAGUGCAUUCCAUGUACAAAUAUAUUCAUGACCGGUUUCUAAACAAUCCAUACAGAGAAGGUUGUACUAUUAUGUUACUGUAUCUAGACUAUUUUAUUUACAAAUAGAUCUACUACACAUCAGUACGCAUUUACAAAUCUAUUCCAUUUACGUACUCACUCAUAUGGGAUAACUUAAAAAAGGAAAAGAAACUACCUUUUCAUACAAACAUAAACUCACAAACUUUUCGUUACCUUAAUUUACUAAAAACAAUUGCGACAUGCAAUGACAUAUGGAUGCAUAUUCAAAGAAUCUAAAUGAAACAAACAAACUAACCUUUGUGAUUUUUUCUCGAAUACUACACGUCAUUGAAAUAAAAUAAGAAAUAUUGUCUUCAACUCGCCGUCACAAUAUGUACCGUCUUCUUUACCAAAAUCGACGCCGACAGCCCAUAAACUUCACAUUCUUCUCGCCGCACUAGUUGAGUCUUUCUUGAAACACGGGUCUCUUUCUUCACUGUAACCCUUCGCCGUGAACACAGUAGGAUACGUCGGAAGUCGCUACAUAUCUGAAAAAAUUGAUUAACUUUUGCAACAUUUACUAAUAAAAAGUAAUUUUUACAGAUAUGUUUAAAGAAAUUUUUACGCUUUAAGAUAUAUUUCCACUUUCAAUUUACACAAUCAAACACAUAUUGCUGGAGGCACACUUUCUUGUGGUAAUUGUCUCUUAUACUCCCAAUAUUGUUUCUUCUUAACAUUCUUUCUUCCGUAACUAAUUUUUUUUUAACUAAAAUAACAAUAUGUCCAAUUGGACACACAUCUCAAUUAAAGAAAUAUAAUAAAAUACAAUUCAUCCAUUAUCUCUCAUAUUUUGAGAUAAAAAAUUGAAAUCACUUUCAUAGUUUUCAAACCCUAGAUCCCCUUUCAUCAUCUAUCCCCGAACCUCGUUCAGCUUCGAGAAACCAUGGCGAAUCGAAGUCAAAGAAGAAAGGGAACCUCAAUAGUCAACCUUCUUCAUCGCAGAUCGACAACAGAGGUUUAUAUUUUGAAUUCUUUAACUCUUUUUGACUUUAAAUAAUUUUCGAAAUCCCUAACUUUUUAUUCUUGUUUGUGUUGUAAUUAUCCAAUUGGAUCGAAUCUCAGAGAUUUUGUGGAUGGGAGAGAUAAUGAGCAGAUCUGAGAGCUCCGUUGUGGAGAGGAUGACAUGACGGUCAGCAGAUCUAAGCUUCGGUGCGGAGAUGAUGCGGAGACGAACAGGUCAUGCCUCUAUUGUGGAAAAGAAGAAGACAAGCUCUCGUGGUGUGAAGAUGGAUUUUUGUGCCAAACUUGACAUGACCACAACAAGAAUUCAUGGAUAAUGCAGCAAGAUAUUUUAACUACAUGACCACAUCAAGAGUCUAUGACGUAGUCCACAACAACAACGUCCCAAACAUCAAUCUUGUUCCCACCCAUUAAGAGUCAAUGGAUGAUGCAGCUCAACACCUCCUAUCUAGACUCCAAAACGUGGUUUAUCUACUUUCACUUGGUCUUGUAUUUCAUAUCUAUGUCAACAUAUGUAAUUACUAUAGACCAAACUUGGAGAAAGUAUGGAUGUUAACGUUUUAGUGUUUGUGUCCAGCUUUGAUGUCCAUGUCCACAUAUAGUUUAUAACUCUAUUAUCUAAGUGUCUAUAUCCACAUUUUUAUAGAUGAUUGAGAAUAUAAGAAUGUUAUCAACAAAAACACAUCCAUGAAACUUCUUAAAAGAUUUAUUAUAUUUUUGUAUCUAUCCAUGUCCACAUCUUUUUUUUCAUGUAUUUUUCUUACUUGUCCACAAUUUUCCGUCCAUAGUUUUUAUGUCCAUACAUUUUUUAUAUAAUUGCUGAUAUAAUAUAUAUAUAUAUAUAUAUAUGAAUAUGGAUGUUAAAAUAUAGAGAAAAACAAAUUACAAUUUACUGUGAUGAUUAUAUUUUCUUCAAAUAUCUUAAACUUUGAGAAAAAACAAACAAUAAGAACUUUGCUGUAAAAUAAAACAGCGAAAAAGAACAAAUAAAAACAAAUAAAAUAUUAAUGUCGAAAGGUAAGUCCUAACUAGAAAAAGAAACUAACUAUUCUGCCUACUAACUAAACUGAAUAAAAACAAAUAUAUAUUUCUUUGUACUUUCGUUGGACAAAGGAGCAUUUAUGUCCAACAUCUUUCUUGGAUUCCUUGAAAGUGUGUCUAGAGCGGAUUGUGUUCUAAAGUGUCAAAAAAGAUUAAAAAAAAGUGUCCUAAAGAGUAAUGCAUGUUAACAUAGAGACACAAAUAAGAAACAUUUACAUUCUAGGACACUUUCCCUACUUUAUAUUACACCUUAAGACACAUUCCUCUACUGACACACUUUCCUUAACAGCUUGUGUCUGAUCUAGUUUGUUUUCUAACUAACACAUUCUCCUUUUCGUUACACCCCAAGUCCUCAGCUUCUUCCCAUUGACCAUUUAGGCGGGAUUAUGCCCUAGCCGUCCAUCUCGUUUUUAUUUAUACGGCUCAGAUUUAUUUUCGCAGAUCUAGACAAGACACAUUGUUUUCUUGCAACAUCAACCACUAGAUCAAACAACAUCGGACGGCAGAGAUUAGUUGUUUCAGAACCACCAUCUCCUAUCAACCUUUUUGUCGUUGUUUCCAAAAGUUUCUUCAGCUUUACCUCAUUCUUCCUUCAGAAUCUAAGAACAUUAUCAAUCCCCUGACAGGGGAAUCUUCGUAUCUGAACCACAGCUGGUGUUUGGUUAGUUAACUAACCUCUUUAUCUAUGUCUGCUUAUCACGUUAACUACAACUAAAUUCAGUUUUUAUCUAAUUUUUUGCAGGCAACCACCAUGGCCGACCACUGUAUGAUCAUUGCCGGCGAAUGGAAGAUCUCCGGCGACGGUAGCUGGAACUUUUCCAUCGACAAACACCAAAUGUCGAGGAUUGUCACGCUUAGCCCCUCCAUGACGUUGUUAGAACUGCAGAACAAUGUCUUGAAUGAGUUCUUUCCUAACAAACAAACACGCCAAGAAGCCUCUUUGAGCUACUGGCCUCCGAACUCUAAAGAACUGGCAACGGGCAUCUCAACCCCACCCGUCAUCCUCACACACGAUGGUUCUGUUUGUUUCUUCUACCGGCAUUUCGAGUUACAGAGGGGCAUGAACUUGUUUGUCACCUUCAAACAGCAGUCGGAACCCAUAAACACGAGUCAAGUUGAUGAAAAUCUAUUCCCAUUCACCACUCCCAAACAGCCUAUCACAAAACCCCCCCCUCUACUCAACCGCUAUUCCGGUCCUCGUCCCCCUGCAUCCGGACUUUCCCCGCCUUCUACCGCCGCGUCUAAAAUCCCUGGAUUUUCCCUUUUCCCUGACGAUGAUUUAUUUGGAGCCAGCCCUUCUAAGCCAUCUAACACAACCACCAGCCCUCACUCAGCUCCUUCCAAGAUCCGACGUUUCUCACUUAUUGAUGAAACUGUUCUCUGUAGCGACGAGAUGCUAGAAGAGAUGUUCAAAGCAGACUCCGACAACCUCCCUGAUAGUUGGCAAAUAGAUGCUGAGGAGGAGGAGGUUAGCGGUCCUGACAGUCCCCUUCCUCCCGGUUUUGAAGAAGUGCAACCACGUGGUUAUGACCAUGACUUCUGGGACCCUUUGAUUGCUAAACAUCUUGGUGGAUCUGAUGCGGAACAGGUUAUUGCCGGCAUAGAUGUUCCAAAAACGGCUCCACACAGUAUCCACACUGAAACAUCACCUGCAGAGCAGCCAACCAACCAGAAGCCUGAUCCUGAAGAUCCUACCUCACACCAUCACAGUUUCCCCCAUGUAUACCCUAAUCCUAUGGACACCCGCACGCCUCAAUCAGUUCCCUCACAGCACCGAAGGUAUCCAUAUGGACAGACCGCUACACCUUCUGCCGGAGAACAACCCCCGCAAAAUCCACAUGGACAAUCUACUUUCACUCCCGUUGGUGUACACAAAUCCACUACUCCACAUGUACACUCAUCGCCGUCCACGCGUACACCACCAGGCCGUCCCAACAACCCCUCCCAAGUCCCACCUUCGACUCCCCCGCUGCGCGAGACCAGGCCACUCUCAGAGAUUAGUGAUGAGGAAUUCGACGUCCCACCACUCUUUGACGAUCUUUCCUACGAAACUGAGGAUGUUCCUGACUUGAAUUGGGAGGAUAGCGGCGAGGAACCAUUCGUGGGGAAACUGUAUGCAACAAAGCAGGAUUGUCAAAUUGGGCUUGCUAUCUACGCAAUCAAGGAGCAGUUCUACUUCAGGCAAACCCGAACCACUAGGCAUUCCUUUGUGCUUAGUUGUCAUGAUACUAAGUGUGAUUGGCGCAUACUGGCGAAGGAGCUAACCAACUGUGGUUACUACACCAUCAAAAAGGCCCAGCUUGAUCACACCUGCACCAUUGACACACGCAACCUAUACAGGAAGAAGGCCACUUCCAAAGUCAUUGCCCACAUAUAUCGCUCUCGCUACACCGAACCCAACAACGGCCCUAAAUCUCUACAGCUUCAGCAGAUGCUAUUGGAAGACCUCCGCAUAGAUGCUUCCUAUAUGAAAUGCCAUAGGGCCAAAGGCCAAGCUGUGGAUAACACUAUUGGAAAUGCUGAGGAUUCAUUCCUCAACAUCGCCUCCUAUUUUGAGAGGCUUAAAGCAACCAACCCAGGCACGGUUACUGCAAUCGAAACCGAGCCUGAUAUAGAAGGCAACACACGUUUUCUCUAUGGCUUUCUGGCCUUUGGUGCUUCGAUACAGGGCUUCCGGCGCCUACGCAAGGUUCUUAUUAUUGAUGGGACACACCUUUCCGGGAAAUAUAAGGGGGUACUACUCACGGCUAGUGGUCAAGACGGUAACUUCCAAGUCUUCCCUCUAGCUUUUGCUGUCGUUGAUGGCGAAACAGAACAUGCCUGGACCUGGUUCCUCACCAAACUUGAGCGGAUCAUUGCAGAUUCAAAUUCACUCACCAUCAUCUCUGAUCGUCACUCCUCUAUCAUCAAAGCCAAGCUAGCAGCAUUCCCAAAGGCACAUCAUGGAGCUUGCAUUGUCCACUUAAUGCGUAACGUUAUCUCACGCUUCAAAAACAAAGGUCUUGCAAAGAUGGUGUGUGAGGCUGCAUUUUCUUACAGGCGGAAAGAUUUUGAUCUAAACUUCACAAAAAUCAGGCAGGCCAAUGGGGAAUGUGCCACCUACCUAUAAGGAAUCGGGACUUCAAAGUGGUCUCGAACUUACUUCACAGGAGAUCGUUACAACCUUUUAACCAGCAACACAGCGGAGCAGCUCAAUAACGCCCUUACCAAAUCCAGGUCUUCACCCAUAAUUGAGCUAUUCAUGUUCAUCCAACGCAUGUUGACUCGCUGGUUCUCUGCUAGAAGGACCAAAUCCGCCAAGUGUCGUGGUUUUGUAACACCCGAGGUUGAGAAGGUUAUGCAGACACAUAUCAGGCUCACAAAAGGCAGCAAGAUAGCUAGCAUCAACACCUGGAGCUAUCAAGUUAGGGGCCUGUUCGGCCAUCCCAACACUGUCUCCUUAGAAAACAAAGUCUGCACCUGCCAGGUUUUCCAGAAGCUCAAAAUCCCAUGCGGCCACGCUCUUUUAGCUGCUGAUUCCAUAGGUCUCCCCUAUGUUCAGCUUUUUGGUGACUGCUACAAAACACAGACAUGGAUUGAAACAUACGCAGGGGUUAUCUACCCUGACGCUCCCAUUGGAGACUUCCCCAUACCUGCAACAAUUACUUCUGUGAUCAUGCUUCCACCUCAGACUCGUCGUCCAUCAGGCCGCCCAAGGGACAAGCGCGUCGCCUCAACCGGCGAGAUCCCGGUAA